AUGUUCAGCCUUCCAAGUGCAUUCAUUUUUGCGGUUUCUGUGGUUUCCGUAUCUGCAGGAACCUUUAUUUCACCCGCUGCUGAUUCGACCAUCUCGUCCUCUGGGACCUUCAACUUCACCUGGGUUUCUAGCCGUUAUUUCGAGGAGUCAAGCCAGUCCAUUUCUGUGCUCCUCCAGCCCUCUGCAAACUUCCCUGCAACUCUGGAAGGCAUUGUUCUCGCAAAAGACUUGGCCCCCAUUUCGAUCGGUGUUGGAGAGGAAGGUCCGACGUACUAUGCACAGUUGACCCCAGAAUUUGUUGCGGAGUCAUCGCAAACAGGCGAGUUCGCGUUGAUUGUCAUUGAAGAUUUCACGGCGUUCGGGGGAAACGCAGCGAUGAGCGUUGAGUAUGAAAUGAUAACUUUGGCUUGA